GAACAUCAACGCGAGUUCGUGAUCGUAAAAGGGAGCAAGCGUUGACGGGGAAUUUACCGCUUCAACAGCCUCCCUUGAGCGAACUAGAAAAGCGGGUAAUAGCUCUAGUGGGAAGCAGCUAUAUGGAGGGGCAACCGGAUGUGCAGGAGAAUAUUCCCAUGGAAGAGAACCUGCAAGUGGCCUUGGGGGCGGCGGACGAAAACUUCCGCCUAGUCGUGGAGGAAGAUGUAGACACCAUCCUCCUACCUCCAUUAACGGUGUCAGAAGGCGAUUCGGAGCUUCGGUGCGAAACUCCGAAAACUCCGAGUCAGACACCGCGCAGGACCGCCAAGCGAAAACGGACGGAGGAAUCUCCAACAAAGACAGGUUUUUUAAAAAUUGCGGAGGCACAGGCCGAAUCGGAAAGGGUAUUUUUUUUAAAUAUUGUAUUUUUAUUGUAUUAUUAAAAAACCCUUAUUUUCUUAGUUGCUUGCUGAAAGUGCUGCUACGAACGCGGAGGCCAACCGUUCUAAUGCUGAGGCAAUUAGCAGGAUGGCUGCUGCCACAGAGCAAAUGGCUACCGCCACUGCAAUAACGGCACAGGCCUUCACGGUAUUGGCGGAGGGGGUGAAAACUUGUGCGAAUGCUUUCGCCGAGUUUACUCGUACACUGGGCCCUCCCCAAUAGAUGUAAAUAUUUUUUGGACAUAUGAAUGUAUAUAUUUUUAUUAAUAGCACAGGC